AUGCGAGCUUUUGACACCGAUCUGGUCUUCAUGUACGCCAAUAUCCGCACCGAUGCCGGCGUGACUUCGGAUCUUAAGACCGUUGCUCGAGAUCUCGCGGAGCUGGGAGACAUGGCCACUGCAUAUGCGAGAAAGGAUGGCGGGCGAAUGUUGACGAUCGGGUAUGAGGGUCUCUCCUGGGCGACGAGAAACACUUGGUCGGCAUCGUGGGAGGUGGUGCGAUUCGCCAAUCGUCCCAACGUGGGACUGAUCAUCGAUGCGUUCAACAUCCUGGCUGUUGAGUUUGCGGAUCCCUAUAACCCAGCCGGGCAUGGCCGCAUCUAUCCCACUCUGGAAGAAUCACUCGAUAUUCUUACCGGGUCACUUAUCUCUCUCGCCCUCACCGUCCCAGGUGAUCGGAUUUAUUUUUUCCAGUGCGGCGACGCCAAACUCGUGGACCCGGCGACGUUCAUUCCACCCAGUGACCCCAUGACCCCGGCUCUCCUCCCCUGGUCGAGGAGCCAUCGGCUUUAUCCUUUGGAACAAUCCCGUGGGGGCUAUAUGCCAGUCGAGCUUGUGGCUGCUGCCGUCCUCGCGACGGGCUACAAAGGACUCAUCUCCCUCGAGGUGUUCAAUCUGUCUUUGAACCAAACCGGAAGCAGCGUCCCAAGUAGCCAUGCUACUUGA